GUUCUUCAUCAACAUCCAUCGUGUCAUGCUACAAAUUAAACGUCCAGAAUGAUGGCAAACAUGAGUGAAGAAAUCAAAGAGAUCAUCUGCAAGACCUUGCCAAAUCUUUCUGAAGAGACCCAGUUGCAAAUAAUAUCAAAACUUCAGAGCUCUGGCUUGGAGUCAAAAGAAGACUUAAAAUAUGUACAACAGGAAGACAUUGCGGAUCUGUUACCUGUUAUCCAGCGCCGAAAACUCCUGGAUGCAUUCAAAUUAGAAACCGAGACAGUUACAUUGGAUUUUCAAGUCAUUCCAACUUCGUCACCACUGAGUAGUGAUUGGUCGGUGUCUGAGUCUUCAUCACCAACCUUAUGCUCUCCGCCUAAUAGUAGCUCAUCACAGCUAUCGGCCAUUUCAUCAUGUUCUAGCCAGGCAAGAAACAGGGAGCCAACAAACAGACCUUCCACAUCUCAGAUACUGAAAACAUGGCCAGAAACAUUCCAGGUCCCUUGGGAAAAAAUGCCAAAAGAAAUUCGUUCUGCAAUUGCAGAUGGCAAGAGACCUAAACCAAUGGAGCGACGCCAAAUGAUACGAGUACUUGCGGAUGAAUUGAGAAGGUAUGAAGCUAACCCCACUCGCGGUCAGUGCCUAACUGUGGUUAGAAAUAUCAUCAGGCAGUACCCAAAGAGUUUUGCUGACAUUGCACCAGAUGGUUCACUUCUGUGUGGAGGUUAUACAUCACUUUUGAUUCAAGUGAAAAACCGCAUUGAGAAUGUGAACCGUGAUGGAAGCUUCUCACACCACCGAUCCUCUACGGGCAAGAGGGGUCCAACUGACACAUAUGGAUGUACACGAUUUCAGCCAGAGCUACCCCCAGAAGAAACUGAUGACACUAUUGAGCAGCACCGACAGAGACUGGAGGAGAUUUACAGACAAGAGGGUGCAGGUGGAGCAGAAAGAGCCGAAGUUAAAAAUCUAAUGGAGCUCACAUUCUCUCUUCAACGUCGGUCUAUUAAUACACUUCCACCACCUGACAUUGAAGAUGUGAAAACCAAAUGGCCUUUUCUUUUCACGCCAAAGUACAUUUACGCACAUUUUGAGUUGCUCACAGACAUCAAUGUGCUUCGUAGAUUGGAACUCAGUAUAGAGGAAUGUGGAAGAGCCAUCACAGAAUACUUCAGGGGAAAACCUACCAACAAAGAUGUCAAGGAUAUUCACUCUAAUGGUGAAGACAAUGAGAAGGCACUUCGUGUUGUCAAGCUGCUCAUGGCACACUUUGGAGAGGACCCAACCGGGCUGAUCCUUCUUACAGAUGUGUGUGCUACUGCUGCUGAUGUUGAGACAACUCUCAAUCUUCCUGCAAGUCCUCGACUUGUACUGCCUGUUUCAGGUGCAACAGGGCAAGUUACAAUUAGAGGUUGGAUGAUCAGCUUUCAGGGCCGUGUAAUCUCCGAGGGCAUCAAACCAACAUUUGCAACAGGACUUGCUGCUGUGUUUGCUCUCUACUACAUAUUCAACCUUCAGUAUCAAGAUGAAGCACCCUGCACUCUGGAAUUCAUUCAGAGGCGCUUCAUUGGUAUAAAUCCAGAGAGAGGGACAAAGGCCAAAAGGGGCAAGGUUGUCUCCAAGAAGAAAGGUGUGAUCGUCCAGAAUAAGUCUUCUGCAGUCAACACACACGUCACCAUGCUACUGAAAAAUCUCCUGGACUUUGAAUGGAACUUCAUAUAG